AUGGCGGAAAAUGCUAGCAAUGCUGUGACUCCUAUGCAAGAUCUGGGUAAACUCACUGUUCCCCAACUGAAAGCCUUAUGUAAAGAACGAAAAAUCACUGGCUAUUCAAAGCUCGGGAAGAACGCUCUCAUCGAUAAACUUCGGGCGGUGACUGGGGAAGUCAUCUCCAAAGAGCCUUCUGCCGCACUUGCGAUAAAGGAAACCUCGGUACACACAAAUGGUGGAAGUUUGGUGCAACCUUCAGUGAAUGCCGACCGGGGCGACUCUAGUGUCCUUAGCAGCGCUCAUGAGUCUCAAGGAAAAGCCAAGGUUAAUUAUGCGAAGGAACCUCCUGCUCAGAAGAGUGAUUUGACUAGCAAGAAGCCGAAGGCGACAAAGGUUAAGAAGCCCAAAAAUCCUGUUCCCCGUUCGUCGAUUACGCAGGUGUUGAAAAGCAAUACGGCUAAGCCACUCACCUCCACUUCCUCUGCGGAAAACCUACGCCCGAUCUCUGUUGACCAGGCCGCUGACGACGUACCUACAAGUGAAUGUAUGCUGUCCCUCGUGCCGCAUAUAGAAGACACAGCAACUGCAUCUAUUUCUACUAGCCGACCAGAGCAUGAGACCUGCCCCGGAAUUGCCCAAGAGACUUCUGCACCAGCUGCUAGUAUCUCUAUUGCAUCCGUCAGGACUGUCUCAGCAGGAAGGAAACGGCUUUCUACAGCAUCGAUCUCUGCGUCAAAGAGACAAAGGACGGAAAAUACUUGCGUAUCGACCAAGACCUCUAUGCCGCCUCUCUCGUCAACACUGAGACCACGGACUGAUGCUCGUCUUCACAACCAGCCAACGCCGACACUGUCAUCUGGUCUCGCUGCUGAUCCUCCUGCUCGGACCAUGAUUCAACAGCAUCAUGAAGUGAUCCGUAAGACACAGCAGGUCACAACCUCCCUUCCUUUCACCGGGAAGCGAUUCAAGAAGCUAGUCGUUCUCAGGCCGCCGAAUACUGGUUCUGCAAUUCAUAUGCCGGAGGUCAUACCAGCCGAUUUCAAUCCUGGUACCACUGCUACGACAGCCGAAGAUGAGAGGCCUUUCCAAGAGACACCCUACCUUGAGUUCCCUCCCUCUCCUCGUCCUCCGGAGCUCGCCUCGAUCACGCUUCCACCAUCUUUGUCUCAACGAAAGCGAGUUCAUCGCUGGGCUGUGAUUCUCAGUGGACUCUCGAACGAGGAACGGAAGCAAUGUGUUCUUGUCUCGCGCAUGUUCCGCUACGCAGUAUAUUUAUCCGCUUCGCACACCCUCAAGUCACAGUUUGAUGGGCGACGGCUCCAGGACGAGGUUCUGAAGCGGUACUCCCUGGCAAUGACCAACAUGUGGCCGUACUUGCGCUUGCGACAGGCAGAGGUGGCGCAGCGGCAGCAAGCAUAUGACGCCUCGUUUCUCGCUCGAUUCAUGAGGGGCAAGGGAUUGCCUGAUCCAAUCGCAAUCAACUUAUGGGUUAGCCCGGAUAAUGAGAGGCAGAUCGCUAUCGCAAUACGCUUCGUAAUGUCGCGGCUGUGGUUUGCGCUGUCCAUCGGUAUCGGACGCUCAGACUCAGAGAUCCCUCAAUGGCUGUGCGACGUUGUCGCCGACGUGCAAGAGGUCGUCAAGGGAGAGAUCUGGAGCGUCUCUGUCGUUUCGCCUCAUUCCAAGCCACAAGGCAUCAUCUCGUCAGUGAAAGAAACCUUCUAUGUGCUCGAAUCGACGUGCGAAGUUGUGGGACGACAGGAAGCCCAAGAGAUUCCCGUGCGUGCAGACUGGUCGGAAUACGUCUCGCGCUGUCUCCAAUCGGCAUCGAGCGCUACGAUUGUCCAUGAGCCGCUCUCACGGCGUCUCAAAUGGGCCAAUCACGAAGAGUACGAAAAGGGCAUUAGCAGACUCUGGUUGAAGCGUAUAGCAAGCGAGGGCCCGAUAGGCACGGCGAAGCGCACAGUCGCAGAGCGGUAUGUUAUGGCUUGUGUCGUGGCAAACAGUGUUAGCGGGCAAUGGAAGACGGCGACCGAGAUGGCUCAAGACUUCGCUGGCCUGCAGCCGCGCAUCGGCAAAACACAGGGUCGCUGCAAGCCUCCUUCCAUCAACUUGUACCUUCCCGAGCCUGCGAGAGUGCUCACCUCGUUCUCGUAUCGCAGGCACCAUUACAUCGAGAGCGUCCACUUCACCGUGCCCGGUGGCCAACGGCUCCAUCCCGCACUGGCAGUUGUACAGACACCCCACAGGGAGUAUUACAUUUUGCGCGACAACGGUAUGCAAGUCGGCUGUGAAGAAGAUGGCGUAGGACAAGUGUGGCAAGAGGUUGUGGGAUGCGACGCUCUCGGCUGCAGAGCAUAA